UUCACUGUGUCUGGUGUGCUGCGGGAUCUGGCGUGUGUGCCUCGCGAACAUUUGCAGGAUGACCAGUUGUCAGGAAACCACGCACAAUUACGAGGCACAGUUUGCCCAUCGCUUCACAGCGAAGGAUAAAGAGUAUCAGGAAUACCUUCAGCGUACCAUAGACCCACCACCAUUAGUUGAGGAUUGGCGAGGCCGUGGAGGUGGCCACCAGCGCGGCUGGGAUAACCGAUUCCAGGAUCAGAGGCCGUACAGGGGACGGGGCAGAGGCUGGGGGUGGACCGGAGAUCAGCGUGGCUCACACCAUCGGCAUGACCGGCCCUGGGGACACAGCGGUGGGCAGCAAUCAAGCCGACACAACUCCUACGGUCAAGGACACAACUCAUACAAUCAGAGAUCUUAUGAACGAUACUGACGCCCUUGCUGUUCAGUAUCCUGCGGGGACUGAUUAAUUUGUCUUUGAUACACGGGCCAUGUGCUCGCCUUUUGUUUGAGAUAAUUUGUUGUAAAACUGAUAAUACAUAGGCAGACAAUUUGCAUUGUCUGACAAUUUACAUUGAUUUCUGGCAGUACUGUUGCCGUGGUUCACUGAAUAUGCCCGCGCGCGCUGUUUGUGACGUUACCGAUGACGUGUCUGGGCAGGUUUCCCUGACGCGGGGUUAGCACGGAUGUCGAUUGAUUAUGGUGUCUGUCCUCUGGCAUCAGAGAUGCUGAGCUAUAAUUAAAGACAUGAUCAUUAUUACAGCUACUACAGGCUGGUGUUCAGGCUUAACUGU